CUGAAGUGAAAAAUUAAUGACAUUGUGACCGAUUGAAGUAGCGUCGAACUACGUUGUUUAGUACAUCGAUCAUUUUAUUCAUGUAAAGAAGUGCACCUUGAGGAAAAUUUGACAAUUUUGAAAAUCAAAACAAAUAAAAGUUUGUCUAUUUGUAAUCAUAUUUUUUAGUUUAUGUCCAAAUUUUAUAACUAUAUAUAUAUAUAUAUAUAUAUAGGUAUAAUACACACCCCACAGUGUCUCUCUCUCUCUCCUCAUUUUUGAAGUAGAAAGUUUCCUGCAAUCCUCUUCACUUGGUUUCUAGGAGAAAUAAUCAUGGCUGCUUUGGUGUUGGGCUUUGUGAUUUACUUAGCCUUGGCUGCUCCUUCAGAUGCAGCCUACUGCCUGUGCAACGCAGGGGUGAGCGACGCCGUUUUGCAGAAGAACAUCGAUUACGCGUGCGGAAACGGAGCAGAUUGCUCAGCAAUCCUCCAAAAUGGGGCGUGUUUCAAUCCAAACACCGUCAAAGAUCACUGCAAUUACGCCGUCAAUAGCUAUUAUCAGAGGAGAUCCCAAAACGGUGGAAGCUGUGAUUUUCAAGGAUCUGCUUCCGUUUCCCAAACUGGCCCCACCGGUGUGGCCAGUGCAUGCGUGUACCAGGCUAGCCCCAGCACCGGCGGCGGCACUACGACUCCGACAUCCGGUGGCGGCGCCACCACUAUCCCCGGCGGGAGCUUCGGCCCGACGGGAAGCACCGGUUUCGGCACCACCGACAACGGUGCUAGUGUGACACUCAGCAGUUUGGCAAUGCUUGUUGUGUCUCUCUUCCUAUCUCUUGUAAUAUCUAGGUUUAUUUAGCCAAGAUUUCUAAUUAAGGAGCAAGAAAGAAUUUGGACCCUUUCUUUUUUCUUUCAUUUUUUUGGUUUUUAGUGAAAGGGUAAAAAAAAGUAGGGAAUUUAAUUCCCUUUUAUGGGGUGGACUGGAAACUGGUCUCUUCUGUUUAGAAAUUUUCUGUGUACAUCUAGAUAGGGAGGCUCAGAGUUUAUGAAUAUUAGCUCUGUUUCCUUUUGGGAAAA